CGUUCAGUUAAUGUUUUACUGUCCAAUGACAGUUAGUGCUCAUUAUGAUACGAGACUUAAUUGUUUUGUAUGUUUUAAAUAAACUCAAUUCAGUAAUGUUACAAUUUUUGGUUGAAACGUAAUUAUUUUCUAACAACAAUAAUAGUGAUACGUUAGUAGUGGAAGUGUCUCUGGUGAUAUUUUCAGUAAAAUAAAUUAUUUUUAAUAUAACAAAUGUAAAAUUGCUUUUCAGUAAGCAGGAAGUUAUCUGAUCGCGUGUGGAUAAUGGACUUAACCAUAAAGUACCUACAAUUAACUAAAUAGAUAAUAUUUAAUUCAAGUUAACUCCUUUAUGUCUUGACUGUUAAUUGCCUGUCGAACCUUUUAUACUAGUUAAGUGGAAAGUUAAAAAUAGUUUCUUUAAUAUAAAAGAAAACACAGCAUAUGAGAAAUUGAACUUAACAAUAAAAAUUUUAUAUAGUAUCAACUGAUAAUCCAAAACUUGAUCAGACUAAUCAAUUACCAAAAUUAAUGAACAAAAUGGAAAAAGCACCAGAUAAAAUGGAAACGAAAUUUGAAGAAAACAUCGAUAAAAACGAUCCUGCAGACAAGAUGGCGAAAGCAAUAGGAGAAUUCGGAAAAUGGCAGAUAUUAAUUUUAAUUGUCGCUUCGAUUCCAUCGAAAAUGUCCGCGAUAUGGCAACAGAUAUCCAUAAUAUUUCUCGCGCCGAAAACAACAUUUCGAUGCACGGAUGAUACUAUUAACGAGACAAUUUUUAACUCAACUUGUUACGAAAACUGUCGUACUUACGAAUAUUUCUCUGAGUUUGAGAAUAAUAUAAUAUCGGAUUGGGAUCUCAUUUGCGGCAGAGCUUGGUUGGCUAAUUUCACACAAACAGUGUGUAUGUUCGGUGUUCUUGUUGGAAGCGCUGUGUAUGGAUUCAUAUCUGACAGAUACGGCCGUCGGCCAGCUAUCAUCAUGGCGGCAAUGACUCAAAUGAUUUGCGGCUUGAUGAUUCCUUUCUCUCCCGACUUCUGGACCUUUACCGUCUUGAGGUUCGUCAUAGGAACAUCCACCGCUGGUCUUAUGGUCGUCUCUUUUGUCAUCGUACUUGAAAUAGUUGGACCAAAGAAAAGGGAGCUAAUGACUGGACUUUAUCAGAUUCCAAUAUCGUUUGGCGAGAUGGUGAUGCCGCUAUACGCAUAUUAUCUGAGAGACUGGGACCAAUUCAGCUUGGGCAUUGGCAUAACGCAGUGCAUAUUCGUGAUUUACCUAUUCGUUAUACCAGAGACGCCAAAAUGGCUGAUCUCAGUGGGAAGACUGGAGGAGGCCAGCGAAGUAAUGAAAAGAGCUGCUAAAAUAAACAACCUGCCAACGGACAACAUGCUGCAAAUAGCUAAAGAAAUAUCAGAUGACUCUAUCGCAAGACAGGACAAGUCGGCCAGCAAAGCAUCUUAUCUGGACCUGAUAAGGGUGCCAUCUUUGAGGAUAAGGAAUCUGUGCUCUUGCGUGUGCUGGUUCAUACUGGGGCUGAGUUUCUACGGAGGCAAUCAGUACAUCGGACAGACCAGCUCAAACACUUUCCUCACCAUUGUCUUGGCUGGAAGUUUGCAGAUUCCAGGUCUAAUCCUCUCUGGAUUCAUGUACAAGCGAUAUGGACGCAAGAACACAGCGCUUGGGUUCUGCGUCCUCUGCGCCAUCUCAAACGGCCUGUUGGUGUUGCCUGAUGAGUGGUUUUAUGUUAAACUGGUGGCUGGAGCUACUGCGGUGAGCUGCGCUGCUGGGGGUUACAGCGCCAUGUACACCUUCACGUCGGAACUAUUCCCAACUGUCGUACGGAACAUGGCCGUUGGAGCGUCAUCUACUACAUCCAGGGUAGGGUCCAUGCUGGCUCCAUUCGUGGCCGGCGCCAGCGGGGGACCCUGGGUAGCACCCACCAUCUUCGCCAUCGCCCCAUUGAUAGCAGCCGUAGCCGUGUGGUUUUUACCAGAGACUAAAGGGAAAAAGCUGAUGGACCAUUUGAACGAAUGUUGAUUUUGUUAAUUUAUUAAUUUGUAUAGUAGGAAAAUAAAUUGUAAUACAUUUUUA